UCUUGUCAAAUUCUCUUCUAGUCACCGAGCCACGUGCUUUAGGCUUAAGAAAACUUUUAUCAUUUUUUUUUUGUCUGUUUAGUAAAUAUAUAGCUUAAAAAUGAAAUUACCGUGUGUUCUAUGCGGCUGCCAUAAAGACAAUGAGCUGAUCUUUGGCGAGUUUGUAAUGCAUGAUAAGAAUUCAUUGCACCGCAACUGCCUGGUCCUAUGUCUGGGCAAAUUCGUACAGAAUAAAACCGACGAUAUCCGCCUCUGGAACUUUCUCAAGGAUGACAUAUCGGAGGUGAAGGAAGUCUUUAGCUUGACCAAAUGCUCGUAUUGUCCUCGCCUGGGUGCGAAUCUUUCAUGCUGCCACGAAGGAUGCCAUCGUAGCUUCCAUACCAAGUGCGGUGUGGACAAUAUGGCUGUCCUCCAAUAUGGCGGCAAAUUUGAUACUUUCUGUGCAGAGCAUGUGCCCGAGCAUCGCAGUCGCCCGGAACCAGACGCAAAUUGUAUAUUAUGUCUAGGUUCGGUAGUGGCCAAUGGGCAAGAUUUUACCCCGGCUUUGGCAUUCCAGGCACCAUGUUGCCACAAUGGAUGGUUUCAUCGCGAAUGCGUCCAGGAUCUGUCCAAUGCAUCGACCAUUUCUUUCAAGUGUCCUCUUUGCAGGAAUGAAAAUGAAUUCGGUGAAGUUGCCAUGUACGGAGUUGCCAUUCCCAAGUGGCGUUACGGUUUACCAAAACCACCGACAAGCAUUCCUGUGGCCCCCGGCCGGGCCCAUACUGGCCUCUUCAGAAUUCGUGAAGUGCGCGUCCUCAUCGCCAGACUUCACCAUUCCUAAAUUCAAGAUACAAAUAUAUAUAGCAGUCCCAGAAGAUUGAAUCCCAACAGAACUUGAGAAACAUAAAUCCCAGUACGAGCAUUCAUACCCGAAUAUAUAGUAUGUAAUGUUACUUGUUUUU